GCAUUUACAUUUGCAUUUGCAUCAGUUAAGAGGAUCCGAAAAUCCCAUCGCUCAUUGACUCUUCCAUUCCAUCAAAUCCCAAUCUGAAUCUUCAUUUCAUUUCAUUUGAAUCAUCAAUCAUAAUCAUAAACAUAACAUCCCUUGAGAGAGAAUGGAAGUGUCAACCAUGAUGAGCUCAACUGUACAGAAUUUGAUGAAUGUUACCUUCGAUUGGCUCAAUUCAACUUUAGAUGUUCCUUCUGUCCGCGCUGUUGUCUUCGGAUUCAACAUUCGAGGACAUUUGUUCAUCGAAGUUUUUCUCCUCGUCGUCAUCCUUUUCUUGCUCUCUCAGAAAAGUUACAAGCCUCCUAAACGCCCCUUAACAAACAAGGAAAUAGAUGAGCUUUGUGAUGAGUGGGUUCCAGAACCACUGAUUCCUUCUCUUAACAAAGAGUUGCUCUAUGAACCACCAGCGCUAGAGAGUGCUGCUGAGCCACAUACCAUAGUUAAUGGUAAAGAAGUUGUCAAUUUCACUUCAGCAAACUAUCUUGGCUUGAUAGGUCAUAAAAAGUUGCUGGAAUCGUGUACAGCUUCUUUAGAUAAAUAUGGUGUAGGUUCUUGUGGUCCCCGUGGAUUUUAUGGAACAAUUGAUGUCCAUCUCGAUUGUGAAGCAAGAAUAGCCAAAUUUUUGGGUACCCCUGAGUCAAUUCUCUACUCUUAUGGAUUGUCUACCAUGUUCAGUGCAAUUCCUGCUUUCUCUAAAAAGGGAGAUAUAAUUGUUGCGGAUGAAGGAGUCCACUGGGGAAUUCAGAAUGGCCUUUACCUUUCAAGAAGCACAGUGGUGUAUUUCAAGCAUAAUGACAUAAACUCUUUGAGACAAACUCUGGAGAAAAUUACUACAGAAAACAAGCGAGUCAAGAAACUGCGGCGUUAUAUCGUCAUUGAAGCUGUUUACCAGAAUUCUGGUCAGAUAGCACCCUUAGAUGAGAUUAUUAAACUGAAAGAGAAAUACCGUUUUCGUAUUUUGCUGGACGAGAGCAACUCAAUUGGUGUGCUUGGAAGUUCUGGAAGAGGUCUCACUGAACACUAUGGAGUCCCUAUCGAGAAGAUAGAUCUUGUAACUGCUGAUAUGGGACGUGCAUUGGCCACAGAAGGAGGAUUCUGCACCGGAAGUACAAGGGUGAUAGAUCACCAACGACUAAGUAGCUCCGGCUAUGUCUUUUCUGCGUCUCUGCCCCCAUAUCUUGCAAGUGCUGCAAUUUCAGCACUGGACAUUCUGGAGAAAGAUCCCAAACUGAUAAAAAAGCUGAAGAAUAACAUUGCUGUGUUAUGGAAAGGAUUGUCAGGAAUAUCAGGCUUGACAAUUGCAGGUAGUCAAGAGUCACCAAUUGUUUAUUUGAAAUUGAAGAAGUCAACAGGUUCCAUGCAGGAAGACCGACGCCUGCUUGAAGCUAUUGCCGAGCGUGUCUUGAAAGAAGAUUCAGUAUUUGUGGUUGCUUCCAAACGAUCAACAUUGGACAAAUGCCGUUUACCUGUUGGAAUUAGAUUGUAUGUUUCUGCAGGGCAUUCAGAAUCUGAUCUUCGCAAGGCAUCUGAAUCGUUGAAAAGGGUUGCAAAGCAAGUCCUGGGAGGAUCAUAAUUGAACACCCAAUUCAUCACUAUACUUGAACUCUAUUCACCUGCUGUCUCCAAGAAACGGCAGCUGUGAAGUUUGAGAAUUUUGCUCCCAUAAAGUUGACAUUGUUCCUGCUGUUCCUUAGAAAUGAAACAGCAAGAGAAUUGAAAUCCUAGUUCAGCGUUGCAUAUAUAGUUUUUUUGUUUGGCUCAUUGCCGUGUAGAAUAAGGGGUUUAUUUAUUUAUUUAUUUUUGUCAUCUGUUGGAAAUGACAGCUUUGCAGAAUUAAAUUCCAGUGUUAUGGUUAUGGGGACCUCUUCUUUAUUGCCUCGUUUAUUUUCUGUAUUUUUUAAAUAAAAAAUCGUUUAUAUUUUCUUUC